ACUCUAUGGUUGCUAUAAUGUUGAUUUUCAUGAUUUCAGUCAUGCCCUCAUACUUCCCAGUUACUGUAGAAUACUUUUUAGAAUAUUUCUGAUACUGUAAUGUUGCUGAAAAACCUGAGUGUGAUCAGGUGAAAUGACUUUUGUCUGGACCUAACACUGGAGAGACUGUGUUCGAAUGUCCCGUAAUGGCACCGUAAUGGUGUUAUGUUGCAGACACCAAGUGACGGGAUCUUGACUGAACCUUCUGGAGACCAAGAAGGGAGUGAGAGAUCCACUUCAUCCUUACAACAGACACCAAGUGACCUGACUGAACCCUCUGGAGACCAUGAAUGGAAUGAUAGAUACACUUCAUCCUUACAACAGACAUCAAGUGACAGGUACCUGACUGAACCCUCUGGAAACCAAGAAUGGAGUGAGAGAUCCACUUCAUCCUUACAACAGACAUCAAGUGACAGGUACCUGACUGAACCCUCUGGAAACCAAGAAUGGAGUGAGAGAUCCACUUCAUCCUUACAACAGACACCAAGUGACCUGACUGAACCCCCUGGAGACCAUGAAUGGAAUGAUAGAUACACUUCAUCCUUACAACAGACAUCAAGUGACAGGUACCUGACUGAACCCUCUGGAAACCAAGAAUGGAGUGAGAGAUCCACUUCAUCCUUACAACAGACACCAAGUGACCUGACUGAACCCCCUGGAGACCAUGAAUGGAAUGAUAGAUACACUUCAUCCUUACAACAGACACCAAGUGACCUGACUGAACCCUCUGGAAACCAAGAAUGGAGUGAGAGAUCCACUUCAUCCUUACAACAGACACCAAGUGACCUGACUGAACCCUCUGGAGACCAUGAAUGGAGUGAGAGAUCCACUUCAUUCUUACAACAGACACCAAGUGACCUGACUGAACCCUCUGGAGACCAUGAAUGGAAUGAUAGACACACUUCAUCCUUACAACAGACACCAAGUGUUCCGAUCCUGAUGAAACCUUUUGAAGAUCAAGAAAGGAGUGGAAGAUCCACUUCUUCCUUACAACAGAAUGAAGAAUGCUGAAUAUUUUGACACCGUAAUGUUAUGUUCCAGACACCAAGUGACCUGACUGAACCCUCUGGAGACCAUGAAUGGAAUGAGAGAUAAAUUCUCAAAAUUCUCAAAUUUUCAAAAUUCUCAUUAUUUCCUGGAAUAUCUUAUUUUGAUUAUUUUAUUUUUCCAUUUUUAAUAAAUAAUGCCUUCUUUUACAGGUGGGAAUAAGAGACGCAUGUGGACAGAUUAUGAAGUGAAGGCUGUUGAGCGACAUAUGUUUGAUUUCAUAACGAGCCAUAAAGUUUCAGGUAAAACGAGCUGUGAGUCCUGUCUCCACGCAGAGCCAGCAGCUCUGAACGACAGAGGCUGGGUGUCCAUCAAAAACUACAUCCACAACAGGAUAUAACUGCAUUAAAAAGGGAAAUGAAUGGCUAGUCCAUUGAAAUGCGAGCACGUCUGGGUACAUUUCAGUUCAAGUUAACUAAAGCAAUAGCAAUGGUGCAUUUAGGGUGGGAUGGUCAAUUAUGGAUUUCAUAUUUGUUGUUGGAUACUGUGUUUCACGUUUGUUGUUUCAUGAUCUUCAAGAGCAAUUUGGAAAAUCCUUGAAGAUGUAUGAACAUGUAAAUUAUACUGUAUAUCAGGCAUGUCCCGAUCUGGGCCUGGAGGGCCACUGUCGUGCCUGUUUUCCAGCUCUCCCGGCUGCAUCACACCUGUUUCAGAUGAUCAGUUCAUCAGUCAGCUCUGAUGCAGCACUAGAACAUCCUGGGAGAGCUGGAAAACAAAAAGACAGCGGCCCUUGAGGACCGACCUUGGACACCCCUGCUGUAUAUAAACGUACGUACGAUAUACAAACUUCUCACAAAAGAUAGGCUUAUUAGGUUUGAGGUGAUAUUUGGGAAAAACCCUAAAACAUUUGAAUUCAUCCUAUUUCAAGAAUUUCAAUACUUUUUGAAAAGUUGCUUUUGUCUAACGGUAGCUAAAGAAGUUGCUACACACAUGGCACAAUAUAUGGCCAGAUUCAUUAAAAAUUCUUCAUCGCAGUAUUCACAUUUUGACAUAAUCUUCUUCAGUUCAAACAACCCUCAUCUAUUGCAGUGCUUUGUGUCAUGGAGAGGAGGUGGCAUGUUUUCUGUGUUCAUAAUUUCAUAUUGUCAGCAAUUAAAAAAUAAGAAAGUGGACUGACCACAUAUUUAACCGUCUCUUCUUCUUCACAGCUUAUUUUACUAUCUUGUAUUAUUAAUGUGAAUAUUUGAGGGAUGACGGGUAUAACGACUGUUUGGCACAUUCGCCUCACAGUUCAGCAAUUGAUAUUUGAAUGUUUGAAUCUGGGCAUCCUUCCUUUGUAGAGUUCUCCCCAUGCCCGAGCAUGACAAUUGGACACAUGUGCCUAACAUAUACUGUUGGUAUGUAACAUGAGUCAAUUUAAAAAUACACACUUUACUCUUAGCUGGUCUUCAUAAGUCAUAUAUACUUGAAAAUGAUGUGUAUCCAGGGGGCUCAAAAUUCACAAAAACAUGAAAUGGUAGUGUGUUUGAGGUGACUGUCUCCAUAAUACACAAAAACCUGUCAAUGUCCUCAUAUGUCGUAGUUUUGUCAUAAAUCAAAAAAAAAUUACGUCCUAGCCAAAAUCUGAGUAGAUGGCUGUCUUCCUGAUUUUUUUUCAUGGUUACCAUAUUUUUUUGGAGCCUGUAGGACCACGGGAAAGGCAUGUACCCAUAUGUCGGGUGAACAAACGGACGUCCUGAAAAUGCACCAAAACACGUAUGCGUGUGUGUGUCUGUGUGACAGACUGUGAAAUGGUGCGUAGUAGCACCUGGGCCCUUCAGUGUUGAUUGAUCGGCCUGGUCAUGUGGAAGAGUCCCAUCUGGCCAGCCAUGCUACAGUAUGUGUGUGUGUGUGUGUGUGUGGCAGAGAGAGAGUGCUUGUUUGUGUGUAAGAGGUGACAGAGAAAUAUAGAGAUGUGCUGCCUGAAACAGUAUGUUUAUUGUGAGCGUGAGCAGGGCGAGGGAGCGACGGAGACAGAGAGUGCGCCAGAGUGAGAGAGAGAGAGAGCUCUUCACUUACAAGCAUGGCUCCCAUAGGUCAAAGAUCAACUUUAUUUCAUCAUCUGAGCAGAGCAGAGGCUACAUUUACAUUGCACGCCUCAAAAGGAAAACACCCUUUUUCGCUUCGGUGCCUGGACCACUUUUCUUACACAUCUCAUUGUAUUGUCAUGUUUAUUCUGACGUUAAUGCGAGUGCUGGUCCGCCCGGUCCGUUAUCGUCGGUCUGUCACUCCGUCAUUGUCCUUUUCCGUCAAUGCUGAAUGACCGUGCGUCACCACUAUUUUGCGGACUGCCGGCCAAUCGGCGUCGAGAACGCAGUAUAAGAAGACACACGGCCAAAUAACGUGUGGCGAUUGGUGAAAUAAAAACAAUAAUAUAGGGGCGGCCCGGUAGUCCAGUGGUUAGCACGUCGGCUUCACAGUGCAGAGGUACCGGGUUCGAUUCCAGCUCCGGCCUCCCUGUGUGGAGCUUGCAUGUUCUCCCCGGGCCUGCGUGGGUUUUCUCCGGGUGCUCCGGUUUCCUCCCACAUUCCAAAAACAUGCGUGGCAGGCUGAUUGAACACUCUAAAUUGUCCCUAGGUGCGAGUGUGAGUGCGAAUGGUUGUUUGUCUCUGUGUGCCCUGCGAUUGGCUGGCAACCGAUUCAGGGUGUCCCCCGCCUACUGCCCGAAGACAGCUGGGAUAGGCUCCAGCACCCCCCGCGACCCUAGUGAGGAUCAACCGGUUCGGAAGAUGAAUGAAUGAAUGAAUGA